AUGGCGUUGAACCUUGAGAAACAACUCCUUUUUUAUGGUGCCUAUCACAACAACCCGGUGAAUGUGGCCAUUCACAUCACCUGUGUACCAAUACUAUUGUUCACAGGUAUAGCUUUGGCUUCGAAUUCUCCGGCCCUAUUCAACCUUCCUGAAGCUCUAAGCUUUGAAUACCUUCCAGCCAACCUCGGCACGAUCGCAGCCUUUAUAUAUGCCACGUUUUACAUACUCCUAGAGCCUGUGGCUGGGGGACUGAUCGCUCCGCUCCUGAUCGCUGGCGCAGCUUACGCCAACUAUCUGCUGAGCACCUACGGCACGACUGUCAAUUACUGGGCCGGUGGAAUCCACGUUGUCUCGUGGUUGCUGCAGUUCGUCGGCCAUGGCGUCUUCGAGAGAAGAGCUCCAGCAUUACUUGACAACCUUGUCCAAGCAUUGCUUCUGGCUCCUCUGUUCGUCUGGCUGGAGGUUCUGUUCUUCCUCGGAUAUCGUCCCGAGCUGAGAGCCAGAUACGAGGAGAGCGUGAAGAAGGAAAUUGCUGCCUUCCGGAACAAGGAGGGCGGCGCCGCGAAAUAG